AGGCAAGGUUGGUGUCUCAUUCUCAGGCCUCUGCGUGCCACGUUUCCCUAGAGAGUCGGCGUUUCAGCGGGAAUUAUGGUAGUCGUUGAUUGGCCAAUGAACGCUCGUCCCUGUCGACAGUCCGUAUCUCGCCGGCGAUGAAGCGAGCUAGGAGUAACCCGUGAUUCGCUCUGAACGUCCGCGUUUCCUUUCACAGGGCAGUGCGAAACUGUGCUCUACGACCCGAAACAGUUUCGCGGCAGCGGCCUUGAGCGAUCGGCUAUCUCGCAAUCGAUUCGCUGUUAUGCGCUUCGCCCUCCGCCGUGUCUCGUCCAGAGUGGGUGAAAGGGUCGGUGACGCAUCGAUCGACACAACACAUUGUAAAGCCUCGCGGACGGCGAUUCUUGAGGCGCGUCAACAAACAUAUUACAAAAAAGUUGCAUCGAAAGAACAACCUUUUUAAAAGCGUGGCGGACGGGGAAAGGAAGGCGUGGAGCGGGAGGGUCGUGACAGCCGCGUAGGGUUGGAGAUGCAGCGGGCGGCUAAGCGAGAAGCGUUGGGAGGAGCAGGUGGGGUGGCGGAGCACGAAUGCGAGAAAGCGGCGCUGGAGGAUGGGACAGGAGAGAGGGUUACGACCGCUACAGACGACGCUGAAGCAGUUAAAGCUGACGCCGCCGCGGAUAAAGUUCAAAGAACGGACGCCACAGGCAAUAAAGCCGAUGAUACCGCCGUUAGCACUGACGCUACAGCCGUUAAAACGGAUGAUACGGCCGAUAGAGCUGAUGAGGAAGCCGUCAAAGCUGACGCUACAGCCGUUAUAGCUGGCUCUACAGCCGUUAAAGGUGACGCUGCAAUUCCAAUAGCUAAGGCCACAACAGUAGUAGCUACGGCCACAGCCGAAGUAGCCAUGAGUUCGACAGUGCGGGUUGUGACAGUGAGGGCUGCUGGCGAGCAUAGCAUCCUGGCUGGUGUGGUUACGAAUUCAUGCGACGGAAUGAAGGGUGCUGGCGACGAGGCGAAGGUUACAGGCGACGAAACGAGGGUUACAGGCGACGAAGUGAAGGUUACAGGCGACGAAACGAAGGUUACAGGCGACGAAACGAAGAUUACAGGCGAAAAAACGAAGGUUACAGGCGACGAAACGAACGUUCCAGGCGACGAAACGAAGGUUACAGGCAACGGGACGAAGGUUACAAGCGAUGCGACGGUUACAGGCGACAAAACGAUGGUUACAGGCGACGAAGCGAGCGUUACAGGUGGCGAAGCGAAGACUACAGGCGGCGGAGCCAAGGGUGCAGCAGCAGGAGGAGUAGAGAGCAGCACUGUCGCGCUUAAGGCAAGCGAUGAGAGAGCAGAGGAAGACACGGCGGAGCGAGCUGAAAUCGAGGCUUCAGGCGAGGAAUCGAAGGCUACAGGCGACGAGGUGAAAUUUACAGGCGGCGGAGGCAAGGGCGCAGCAGAAGGAAUGGGGAGCAGCGGCACGGUCAAGGCAGGCGCUGAGAGACCAGAAAGAGGCAUGGCGGAGCGAGCUGACAUUGCAGUGGCGGUGAUCCAAGCCACUCCUCGCGAGGACGUGAAGGGUGCGGAUGGAGGGGCUUGGACUAGGCAUGUCACGGGUAAGACGAUCGGUGGGGCAAGAGGGAGGGACAUGGGGAAGCGAGUCACAACUUCAGUGGGGGCGAUGAGGGCAGCAGGCGACGUCAUGAAGGGGGGAGACUGGCACCGAGGCGAGGACGUGCAGGGUGGAGCAGAAGCAAGCAUUGGUGGUGCAGGGGGGGUGGUGAUGGAGGGAGGUGGAGAGGGCGAGGCCGGGCGAGGGCGGAAGGGGGGCCGGGGCAGUGAGGUGAGUGGAUGUGGAGGUGCCACGGUGAAACAAGAGCAGACGGCGAGGAGGGAGGAGGGGAAGAGGGAGGAGUUUGGCGUGAAGGAUGUGGUGGAAGAAGUGAGGAAAGGGAAGAGCGGUGGUGAUGCGAUGCGCGGCGGUGAGGAGGGCGCGAAGGAGGGAGACUUGAGUGGGGAGGGGAAGGGUGCGAUGGGAGACUUACUGGAGGAGAAGGGCGGCACGGAGGAGAAGAAGGGCGGCACGGAGGAGAAGAAGGGCGGCAUGGAGGAGAAGAAGGGCGGCACGGAGGAGAAGAAGGGCGGCAUAGAGGAGAAGAAGGGCGGCAUAGAGGAGAAGAAGGGCGGCACAGAGGAGAAGAAGGGCGGCAUGGGGGAGAAGAAGGGCGGCAUGGAGGAGAAGAAGGGCGACAUGGAGGAGAAGAAGGGCGGCACGGAGGAGAAGAAGGGCGGCAUAGAGGAGAAGAAGGGCGGCAUAGAGGAGAAGAAGGGCGGCAUAGAGGAGAAGAAGGGCGGCACAGAGGAGAAGAAGGGCGGCAUGGGGGAGAAGAAGGGCGGCAUGGAGGAGAAGAAGGGCGACAUGGAGGAGAAGAAGGGCGGCACGGAGGAGAAGAAGGGCGGCACAGAGGAGAAGAAGGGCGGCACGGAGGAGAAGAAGGGUGGCACGGAGGAGAAGGAGGGCGGCAUAGAGGAGAAGAAGGGCGACAUGGAGGAGAAGAAGGGCGGCACGGAGGAGAAGGAGGGCGGCACGGAGGAGAAGAAGGGCGGCAUGGAGGAGAAGAAGGGCGGCACAGAGGAGAAGAAGGGCGGCACGGAGGAGAAGAAGGGUGGCACGGAGGAGAAGGAGGGCGGCAUAGAGGAGAAGAAGGGCGGCAUGGAGGAGAAGAAGGGCGGCACGGAGGAGAAGGAGGGCGGCACGGAGGAGAAGAAGGGCGGCAUGGAGGAGAAGAAGGGCGGCACGGAGGAGAAGAAGGGCGGCACGGAGGAGAAGAAGGGCGGCACGGAGGAGAAGAAGGGUGGCACGGAGGAGAAGAAGGAGGUGGAGGAUGAUAGUGGAGGGGAGAGGAAGGGUGAAGAAUGGACGGCUGAGGCAAGGGACGAGGAAGGUACCAAGGGAGAAGGCGGGGCGGGUGGUCGUGGAACGAAAGGCGCAGUCGCAGGUCCACGGAUGCGGGAGGGUGGAGGCGUAGACGACUUUGUGGGAGGAGGGGAGGGAAGGGGUGAGGAAGAUAGAAAGGAAGAUCAGAUGGUAAAGGAAGAUGAGAUGGUAAAGGAAGAUGAGAUGGUAAAGGAAGAUGAGAUGGUAAAGGAAGAUGAGAUGGUAAAGGAAGAUGAGAUGGUAAAGGAAGAUGAGAUGGUAAAGGAAGAUGAGAUGGUAAAGGAAGAUGAGAUGGUAAAGGAAGAUGAGAUGGUAAAGGAAGGUGAGAUGGUAAAGGAAGGUGACGGGGAGGCGGAGGACGGUGCAAGAGCGGAGGAAUCUGUUGGAUUAGGGGAGGGAGGUGGUGAGGGGCAGAGAGACAGCGUGAGGAAGGGAGUGGCAGAGGCUGCAGAAAGUGGAAACGUGGGUAGGCGGGUAAGGGAAGAACACGCUUGUGAUUUGAUGAUGGGGAGGGAGGUGAAGGUGAAUGGGAGGGAUGAGGGGGAGAGGAGGGAGCAGGAGCUGAGAGAUGAGAAGGGGAGGAGGGAGGAGGGAAAGGAGAGAGCCGGGGGGGAGAAGGAGAGCGGGGAAGAGAAAAUGGGGGGGAGGGAUGGGGGAAAUGAGGGGGGGGAAGAGGAAGUGGGGAGAAGAGAGGAGGAGGUGAAGGAGGGGAGAGAGAGCGUGGAAGAGGACAAGGAGGGGAGCAGUAUAGGGGAGGAGCGGAGGGUAGACGAUAAGAGUGGAUGCGGAGUGGAAUGUGGAGAGGGAGGCGGCGUGGAGGAGGGUGGUGAUUUGAGUGGGAAGGAGGGUGGUGAUUUGAGUGGGAAGGAGGGUGGUGAUGUGAGUGGGAAGGAGGGUGGUGAUUUGAGUGGGAAGGAGGGUGGUGAUUUGAGUGGGAAGGAGGGUGGUGAUUUGAGUGGGAAGGAGGGUGGUGAUUUGAGUGGGAAGGAGGGUGGGGAUUUGAGUGGGAAGGAGGGUGGUGAUGUGAGUGGGAAGGAGGGUGGUGAUUUGAGUGGGAAGGAGGGUGGUGAUUUGAGUGGGAAGGAGGGUGGUGAUUUGAGUGGGAAGGAGGGUGGUGAUGUGAGUGGGAAGGAGGGUGGUGAUUUGAGUGGGAAGGAGGGUGGUGAUUUGAGUGGGAAGGAGGGUGGUGAUUGGGAAGGAGGGUGGUGAUUUGAGUGGGAAGGAGGAGGGAGGUAAUGUGGGUGUUGAGAAGGGCACUGGUGUGUGUGCGAAGGAGGGAAGUGGUUUGCCACAGGAUGCGGGUGUGGUUGGGGCAGGAGGAGUUGAGAGAAGGCGAUCAGAC